UAUUAUGGGUUAUAAAAAUAGUCUUGUAUUGACAAUUGAUCAUAUUUCAGCUUAGUUUAUUUAGUUGAGUUGAAUCAUUUAUAAAUCAAAUGUUUUAAAGGAUAUGUGAAGUGCAUCGCAUGUCACUUAUAAAGUUUGUUUGCAAAGUGUGAGUCAACAUAUGACAGUGGGUUGCGAUAACAACACUCAGUCAGUAUCGCUAGCGUCAUGUGUAUAAAAGUUAAUUUUAUUUAGAUAAGCCAGAAAUUUUUAAGAUUUUUUGAUCUGACAACCAAAACCGCAAAAAUGUGCACACCAUCUAAUAUAUUACGUGCAUGUGUGUUGGUGUGUGUAUUGGCAACCAGUUGGGCGCAGUACGCUGAACAGAUGCUAGCACAGAACCCGUGCUCCAGCAAGACCACAUGUAGCGAUUGUAUUAGGACAGCCUCUUGUGCGUGGUGCUAUGCUGCCGAAUUCAACGGGCCCCGAUGCUUCAACCCCUCCAUGGAAGGUGGUACGGGAGGGUGCGAUGAAGCUUACAUAUUCAACCCGGAUAACGAUCUAGCUACCACGUCGAGUAGGGAGCUCAGUAGAGCGAAAGGCCGUAGCGGAAUGGGUUCGUCAUUUUCUGGGAGUGCCCAAGGAUCAAGUUUCGCAGCUGGAGGAAGCGCUGGAGCUGGUGGGGCCGCGGGCGCCGCCGGUCACGGCGAAAACUUGGUACAAAUUAAACCCCAGAAGGUCGCUCUGAAGUUAAGAAUGAAUCAAAAGCAAGUCCUAUCCUUUGAGUAUUCUCAAGCUCAAGAUUAUCCAGUAGAUUUGUACUAUCUUAUGGAUCUCAGUCGAUCAAUGAAAAACGACAAAGAAAAGCUUAGUACACUUGGCAGUUUGCUGUCGAGCACUAUGAGUAACAUUACAUCAAAUUUCAGAAUUGGUUUUGGAUCUUUCGUGGAUAAACUUGUUAUGCCUUAUGUGUCAACAGUACCUAAAAGUUUGAUAUCUCCAUGUGAUGGUUGCGCUGCACCGUACGGCUUCAAGAAUCAAAUGUCACUUAGCAAGGACACAUUCUAUUUCGAUCAAGCGGUAGCGAAUGCUGACGUAUCCGGUAACUUAGAUGCCCCGGAAGGUGGCUUCGAUGCCAUUAUGCAGGCUGUCGUAUGCAAAAACGAGAUCGGCUGGCGAGACCAAGCUCGUCGUCUGCUUGUAUUCUCAACCGACGCUGGCUUCCAUUACGCUGGUGACGGCAAGCUCGGUGGUAUAGUGCAACCCAACGACGGCGAAUGUCAUAUGGAAGACAACUCAUACACGCACUCGACUCUCCAGGACUAUCCUAGCAUUUCACAGAUCAAUCUAAAGGUGAAGGAGCAUGCGAUCAACGUCAUAUUUGCGGUGACAGCUGAGCAGAUCAGCGUGUACGAACAAUUAAGCAAACAUAUUGAGGGGUCCAGCAGUGGUGUACUCAGCAACGACUCGGGGAAUGUCGUCGAAUUAGUUCGUGAACAGUAUAAUAAAAUUACGUCAACUGUGGAGAUGAAGGAUACUGCAAGUGAUGCCCUGCAAAUAAACUAUUAUUCAUCGUGUCUGGGAGGCAAGGAGGUCGUGCAAACAAACAAAUGCGAUGGCCUUAAGGUAGGAGAUGUCGUUAAGUUCACCGCUGAAAUAACACUGAAGGAAUGUCCCAAGGAUCCUAGCAAAUGGAAACAGAUGUUCAACAUCUACCCAGUCGGAGUAUCCGAAAUGUUGAAUGUAGAAGUAGAAAUGGUCUGCGAUUGUCCCUGCGAACAUAAGAAUCACUUUGCGUACAACGACAGUCCGUUAGUGUGCAGCGGGCAUGGAAUCUCUGCGUGCGGCGUGUGUGUCUGCGAGCCGGGCCGCUUCGGCAAGGGCUGCGAGUGUUCCGCACACGGCGGCGUCUCCCUCGAACAAGAGCGCGGCUGUCGGCCCACCAACGCCUCCACUGGCCCGCUUUGCUCGAGCCGUGGAACCUGUAUCUGCGGCGUCUGCGAGUGUGAGAAGAUGGAUGAUCCAAACAAGGUGAUAUCUGGUCCGUUCUGUGAGUGCGACAACUUUACCUGCGAUAUGAACCACGAGAAACUGUGCUCGGGCCAAGGAGAGUGCGUGUGCGGCCGCUGCAAUUGUCGACCGGAGUACACGGGACCUGCCUGUCAGUGCUUGCUCGACCAGAAGCCCUGCAUUUCGCCAGAAAACGGCGAGAUUUGCAGCGGUAAUGGAAAAUGUGUAUGUGGACAGUGUGUUUGCAAUGUUAACGACAAUCGCCACUAUUCUGGAAAAUAUUGCGAGAAAUGUCCGACUUGUCCGGGUCGCUGCGGCGAGUUCAAGGAGUGUGUACUCUGCGAGGUGCACAGACGCGGCCCGUUGUUCCAAGCCGACAAGCCCUAUGACGAACAGUGCGGCAACUGCUCACUCUUCCCCAUCGUGGAGGAGGGAAAACUCGUAGCUAACGAAAAUCAAAGCGAACACUUAUGUAGUUUUUACGAUGAUGAAGACUGUCUCUACUUGUACGUGUAUUCAUACCCCGAGUCACACGAGGUGCAUAUCAGAGCACAGAAGGAACGAGAUUGCCCCAAAAAGGUAUUCAUUUUAGGCAUAGUAUUGGGCGUGAUUGCGGCCAUAGUGCUAGUGGGGUUGGCGUUACUUAUGUUGUGGAAGAUGGUGACCACAAUACACGACCGCAGAGAGUUUGCGCGAUUCGAGAAGGAACGUAUGAUGGCUAAGUGGGACACGGGCGAGAAUCCCAUUUACAAGCAAGCGACAUCGACGUUUAAAAAUCCUACAUAUGCUGGGAAAUAAUGAUGAUGUAAGAAGUAUUACUGUCACAAGUGUAGGGUCAAAGAUGUUAGUUUAGGACGUAGAUUCAUGUAUGUAUUGUGAGUCAAGUAUGAAAAGUAACAUCGGAGAAACAUGCAAUUAAGGUGGAGAUGCUUUUCCAAUGAUAUAUUUAUAAAGUUGCCUUAACCUGUGCCUUUCAUAUUUAUAUAAAAGAUGCACGAAAACAGAUAGCAUCCAAGGAAAAUAUUUUCAGUAAGACAAUGUAAUUAAUAAGAAUAUUCUAUCGUUCAACUAAACCAAUAAACUAUAAAAUUAUUAUUGUAAUUUUUUAACUGUAACCAGUUGCUGUGUCUAUAUGUUUAUUAAAAUUUGCAUCGUAAUAUUAUAAUGCAAAAUGGGCCUGUUAAUCUCAACGAUAUUAUAUAGUUAUAAUAUAUUGUACGCUUUUUGUACUUAUGUGUGUGAAUGUUGUAUGUACUUAUUUGUUUUGUGUGGCUUGGAUAGAUGUUUGGCGUCUAGGAAGUCAUGUUCAAAUGUGUUAACUUAAUAACAUGAACCUACUAUUAUAAUUUCUAAUAAAUUAUAUUUAACUGUUACACCUCUGCUUUGUUAGUAAAAUUAAUUUGAUAAUGUUUCUCUGUGUCUAAUGAAGUGGACACCUAUCUUUUUAUGCAUAAUGACUGUAACCUCUACACACGUUGUUUCUAUAAUAGUGGUUGGUCUCUUUUGAGAAAAAAGAGAACAAAACAGUUAUGUAGUUAAAAUGUAUUAUAUCUUUUUUUCGGGAAUAAGGAGGUUAGUUUAUUAUACACUUCAAAAAGGUAGAGGCUCUUAAUUCCAAUAUAUUAAUAAGUGUCUAUGUUACGUUAUGUAUCCACCACUUGUGCACUGAUUUUACUAUGAUUAUUUUACAAUUGAAUAUAUUUGCUGUCAUGAUGAUUUAAUUCAUUUUUAUAAAUUAAUGUUUAAUUAGGUAAUAUUUUAUGUUAAAAAUGCUUGUUAAGCACAUACUUAUGAAAUCUUCGCCAAGGCGAGAUUAGUAUAGCAGUGGCACUGCAUAUAUCUGUCUCGGUCUAUUAAGCAACUCAAAUCGACUCUAUUCGACUGCAGUACUCACAAAAUAAAGUGCUCAAUGCGCUUAAUUUUUUUUUAUGACAUGGUAGGUUGAAUUUAAUACACGUUUAUAUGUGUGAGUGUUCACUGCCAACAACUAGUGUUUUGUGCACGAAUUAGAAUAGAAAUUUAUAUAGAAAUAGGUUUAAUAUGGCUUCCUACUUUACUCGGUGCCUUAUAUAACAAUAAUAUAAACAAAAAUAGUGCCAUCAUUAAUAAUUCUCUAAGUUAAUGUUUUAUCGUAUUUAAUAAUAAUUUGUUUGUAAUGUCUAUUAUUCUCCAAAAUCAUUGACACAUUUUAUAUGCAAAACAUUGCAUUUUUUAUUGUAUGUUUUUUAACAUUUUUUUAUAAUGAUAAUUAAUAUAUUAUUAUACACAAUAAAUUUAUUAUUAUUGUAAUUAUGUACGACAAUAGUGAGCGAGAUUAUCUAUUUUGUGAUUAAAUAUAAUAUAUUGCUUGCCAGAAGCUCAGACGAGCGACUUUUGCCCAUCGAAGUCAAAAAUCCUAGUAUAUCACGCGGACUCUUGUAAAUUGUAUACUCGUAUAUGCUUUGUGUUCCAAAUAUUUCGACGGUUCGUCUAGGACAGUCCCUCGUCAGUGCAAUCCUUUGUAUUAAACUUUAAUGGACGCAGUAACAUAUGUCUUAUCGACUUUCUUGAAAUCAUGUAAAAUGAAUAUUAUUAUUUUUUUUUAUAAGGCAACACUUUGUUGCCGACCUUUAUGGAAUAUUGAUUGAAGCUGUAUUGUCGAAAUAUGUAUCUCGUUUUUUUAUCUCGUUCUAAGUCAUCUCAAUUAUUUAUAUUGAAAAUGUUUUUUGAAGUAUUUUAAGCUUAUUAAUUUAAUAAAAUUUUAUACAUUUUAUUGAACCAGAUUUAAGUGAAAGUAACUAAUAUGAAAAUCAUCUAUUUGUACAUAAUUAUUCUAGUUUUAGUAUAAAAUUGUCUUCGAAUAGCCAUGGACUCUAAUAGUAGCUAAUAAAAAAUAACUCUA